AUGCCGGCCCGGGUCUUCAAGGCUCCGUCGAAAGAUGCCUUGAUCUAUCUCCGAAACAUCGUCCUCUUUAGCUCGGCUGCCACCGUUGCCGGCGGCGCGGCGGUUCAUGUCUACAAUGACUUUCGUCAGAUCAAAGAACUCCGUCACCGGAUCGAGCGAACGCAUCAGGUCAAUUCGUUGCUCAGGCAUUUCUCCGCGGCCGCCAACGAUGUCUACAUCCCGAAGGACAAAUUUAUUCUCGAUUGGGAGGAACAGCAUGGACCGAUUGGGCCGAAGAAGAAGAGGAAGAGGAAGGACAAAGAUCGAAAGGGGGUGAAGGAGGAGAGCCCAACGAGAUCUUCGGAAAAGAAGGGACAAGACACGAGUACGGCCCAGAGAGGGAGACCUCGCCCACUACUUGCAAGGUGGCUCGGACACCAUACCCCAUCUCAUUUCGACCCCAUCCCAAGAGGACUGUUCAAGAACGCACAAUGUCGACAUAUGUUCACUUCCGGGGGGCAGGCUGUAGCGAUGGAGAAGACAGAUCUGAGCAUACUCCAGUUUCACGACAGUUUACCAACGCCUAUGGAAGAUUUCGAGGCAGCCUUCACUUGGGCUAGUCCUGCCAACACAGUGAACCACCCAACGGGCACCUCUAAAGCCAACGCUGAGCUCUCGACAUCUAUUCAAGAAGAGGUUCUACACGGAGAUCAAUCCGAAUCUGAUGAGGUCUCUGUUGCUUUGCACGGCAUCCAAACUGCACUAAAAACCGUAAGACCUUGGGCGACCAUUGGUGCAAUCUUACACAACCUCCCUCCGGAGGCGAGAUGCAAGUCAGUAUGGUUGCAACCGAGGAUUUGGUCAUAUCUUGCACAACAUCAAGCCAAGGAUGCUCCGGACGACCCCGAACCAAGCGCAACAUCGCUUUUCCAAUAUGCGGAGGCAUCGGACGAGCUUGCAAAGAAUUUCACAACGUUAUUCGUUCACGAGGAAUUUGAUAUAGUUCUUCCGCGAUUGUUCAUCUCCGAACUGUUAAGCAGACUAGGUGGCCCCAUACAUGGCCCUGACAGAUUUGCUGCUUGGCGCAACGUGUCUCCUAUCCUUUCUUGGCUACAUCAGAAGGGCAUGCUCGAUUCGCGAUUAAAGACGGAGUUCUUCCUAAGAUGGGUCAAGAAUGAAUCUCUGUCGGAUCACACUGUCCGAGAGCGAUACGAGCUAUUUUCAGGAUGGGCAAUGCGAAUAGACCCUAAUCAUAAAGCAACGGAUUAUCUUAUGGCCGUUCUGGAACGCAUGAUUCGUUCCGAGCCGCUAGCGGAGAGCUUCUCCUGGCUCGAAAAGAUGUUCGAUCCGGCCACACUCACUUGGACUUGGAUGACAGCCAUCACGUCACAUACCAGGUCAUUACUGGACGAAGGCAACGUCAAGCAGGCACUAGACGCCUUCGCUUCAGGGGCAAAUCAACUUCACCGCGAACUACUCCAGACUAUCGCAGCAGGGUCUCCGGGAGCAUGGAUUGACACGAUUUCGCUUCUCCUCGACUCUGCGAUCGGACGGGCAAAAGUUUCGAGGGAGCAGGAGAGCGUUGAGCUGUCUCUUGUCAUUGCUUCUAUGCUUUGUCGGACAGGCGCCAUCGAUCCUGAUUGGGACCAGCUGGAAUCCUUGUUAAGGCCUACCGUGGCUAGAAAGGCUCUGCUCACGUAUCUGCAAUAUUUGCCCGACCAGGUCGAGCCUUCUUUGCAGAUGCAAGCGCUUGCUCGGAGGAUUGACCAUGCGGCUCUGCAUCUACCUGCUGGACCAAUGACCCACAAGCAACUGUUUUCGUAUAUGAGGAACGCUUUCAUCAGCCAGUCGCCCGUGGAAACAAUCUUGGAUUAUAUCCGCAGCCUAAGACCAAAGUUCUCAUCGACCGGUGGUUGGGCCGUGGCAUGGCAUAAAGCUCUCUGUAUGAGCGCGGCGUCGCCUUCUAUUUUCGCGUUGUUCGACCAACUCAUUCAAAUUCCUGUCCCCCUCACUGAGACCGAAGCGCGAAGCUGCCAGAGACUCCAAGCGCAUUUCCUCCAACUGUCGUGGGAGACCAAGGGCGACGUUCGCUCGGUAUGCGCCACAUUUGAGCACAUGACAAAAUACUCGGACAAAUCGAUCGGCCCCGUCCUAUCCGACCGGUUCGUGUGGAUAAUCGGUCGUGCGCAAGACUGCGGAGAGAUGGCGCGAUACCUCCAGCUCCCUAAUAUUCAGAUAUAUCCCUCCACAAGACCUCUCCAAAUUGUCGCGUUGGCGAAGAAAGGGGACUGGGAAAGCGUGGCGCGAUUGACUGAAAUGCCCCAGGUCUCAGAUCUCGACCGGGAGACCGCAUCCCAGUUGUUACGAGACCUCUCCCGGCAACUUUGCAAACAAUUCGAUGUGGAUUGCGCCUUCAGCGUUUGCCAAAGCUUAAUCGAGAGUAUGCAUCUUCCCCCUUCCCCGGAAGCACUUGCAAAUCUUAUGGAAAAGGCUUUGUCAGACGACAAGCCUGGCUUGAUCAAAGACAUGCUCAAAGAGUUCAAGAGACACCGGGAGCCCAUCGAUGACGCUGUGAAGGGCAAUAUCAUCCAACCCUUCAUCAAAUGGGCUCAUUAUUACAUGCCUAAUGUGGCUCUUGUGCAAGAAUUCGUGGCUAUUCUUCACGAAGACCAUCCAAAGUCGGUUUCCAAGAACUUCGCACGAGUUGCUAUCAAUGUGCUGAGAAGAGAAGCCAGAAGCGCUUCCCGUCUGCUCCAUAUGAUACAAGUUGAAGGCAGCUCCAGUCCGUUGCUGGAGAAAUUAGAGCUGAUGGCAAAGGAUACCGUCGAGGCAGCUCAACGUAGCAUGAGGAACGUCGAACAGAUGAAGACGUAUUUUCCUACGGCCGAUGAACGGCGGCGGAGAGCAGCUUUGAUCAAAGAUUCGCCUGCCGUUAGUAUUCGUGAUCGACGACGCAUGGAUCGAUUGAUAUAUGACGCACAGCACUAUGGCGAACGGGGGGAUGCAGCUCGACUGUUCCAAAAGUUCAUGGACCAAGGGAUCGUCGUGUCCCGAACCGCUUUGAAGAUUGCUAUAUCUGACCUGCUCACCUUGGGCAGCUACGGUGAAGCAAAGGCCUAUUUACUCCUGAACGAAGUCGAAGCGCUUGGUCAGAGUGUCGACGCGAAUCGAUUGACGUUGCCUAUCCACUCGGGACACUAUAACCUUGAAGAAACCCCGGAUAUGGUGCUCAAGUACGUUGCCGAGUCCUGGAGAAUCCGCAAGACCUACGACAAAGGUAUCGUGGCCACCGGUGCUUCAAAUCUCAUCAGCAACGGUAUGAUCAAAGAAGCAAUUGCCAUGUUAGAUACGGUGUACCACAAUUACCCCUCGUCGCGGCCUGCCCUCGUGAUGAUGACGCUGUAUGCCAUUGCAUUCUCUAGGAUCGGCAGUAUGAAAGGCCUCCAGUGGGUCGUCAACACCGUCCUCGACAAGCGCGUCCCAGUCGACAACGAAUUUUUGUUCGUCUUUGAGCAGGCAAGGCUCGCGUCGAGACCCGAGUCUAUUGCAGCCCAUCGGAAAUUUAACUCGGAGGCCAGCGAAUCAUCCCUGCGGAGCAAAGGACGGGUCCUAGAUGGCUGGAUUGGGAAGAUCAUAGGGCGGAUGAAUGAACAGGCGAGGACAGCAGCGGAAGUCGCGAAGAUCCUGCUCGAUGAUCACGUUCCGUCUGUCUUUGUCGACAAAUUCGGUCGAGUCGACCUCUUGGAGUUUGAUGAGGAACCACUACCCACUCAGCUCCAGCAAGAGACAAGGCAAGAGACGCAGCAAUGGACAGAGCGCAUUUUACGGCCACCGCCGGUCCCCGAUGCUGUUCGGAAUUUUGAAAAGGCGCGGGAAUCUAAACUGAUGCAGAGCUUCGGACUUGUACGGCGUUAUGAAACGGAGCGGGUCCGGGCCCGCGGGGAUGACAUGGGGGUGCGGUUCCGGGGAGGUCGCAAGGUGGGAGUGGUAUGCGCAGCCGGAGAGGCAGUGACGGACGCGUUUGUGGAUGCAGCCGCAGGAGUAGUGUCACGAGUGAACAGUCAAGUGUGGUGCAAGCAAACGCAUUUGGCAUAUGACACCUUUCUGCCGUACACGAUCAGAGAACAAGACGGGAUUGAGACGUCGAUAAAGGCUAAACGGGUUACUGUCGCAAACCCCUUUCAGACUUUGGCAGAAUUUGUUCAGCGGCUAGGGAGAGACAAAAGGAUAGAGUCAUUCACCAAAGCCGUCAACCGUCAGAAUCGCUCAAUGCCUUGCCAGACACGCCAUCUCAACCAGAGCUAUCAUCACGUAGAGUAG